AUCCAACACCGAAACCUGAAAAGUGAGUUAAAGUUCUAUUCUGACGUCUGAGCAGAAUUGGAAACAUCGAGGAUAGUCCGUGUUCAUGUUUAUCGUGGAGGGUUAAUGUGAUUAAUGAUGCCCUGGUAAGUUAAUAAGUGGUGGAGGAGAAGAGAGGUUUUUUUGCUGGUCUUGAGAAAACUCCGAACUUUCAUCCUUCAUUCCAUUGUCUAAUGAGUGUUUAUUGCAAUUAUACAAGGAAAUUAUUUCACUUUAGUGAAAAAAGUGAAAACGAGAUGCGUUUGGCCAUGAAAAUUCCAAAUACAAUUCCGGAAUUGUAUUUGGAAAAGUGAAAAUAAAUUUUACUUGUUUUCACUUUUUUCAUCCAUACUUAUCUCACAAAAUUUCCAAAACAACUUUAAUUUAUAUUCAUGGUCACACACAACUCCAACUCUGGAAACUUAUGAGUUUCAUGGCCAAACGGGUUAAUAUAUACCUGAAUGGAUUUAAAAAGGUGGAAUACAUUGAUGGCCCCUUGAACUUGCCAAUGAGUUUCAUUUAGGCAUUUGUACUACAACCUAUUUCAAUUGAGCACCUGAACACAUGAUAAAGUGUCCCUAUUAGAUAUUUCUGAUUCAAAUUUUGAAAAAUCUUUUGAGCCUUCUCACACUUCAUUAUGUAGAUAAGUUAAUCUCAUAAAAUAUUGACAUAUCCUUUUAACUAUACACAUUAGCCUUGAUAGGAAGAGACUUGAGGUUUUACGGCUUAUUGAAACUAAUGUGUUUAACUAAAGGAGUGUGAGAGGAAGGUAUUCCUUGGUAUUGCAAUUUGGAGUUCAAUCACCCACACGAUCCAGGAAAACCUCAUUACUGGUAAAUUCAGUUCAGUUACAUUCUCUUCGCGCCGUAAGCUUAUCCCACUUCAUUUACUCCAUUACAUUUUCCUUAUCCACUGCCAGGAUUUAGAACCAUAUACAAAAAAUGAAAAAAGAACAACAUCAAACUUUAAAAAAGUAGUGUUUGUUGGACAAAAUGUUAUCAAGAACCAAAAUGAGAAUAUAUACUUCCUUCUAUCAAGUGGUUAUAUAGCCAAGAUUCCCAUUUCCCAUGUCAAAGUCACAAAGAUAAUGAGGAAUACUUUUGGUUGAUUUUAUAAGUAUGGUCACUCUAAUAGUGCUUACUUUGGGUACUCAUUAAGUUAAUGAAACAAUUAAAAACUAACAAAUUGUACAUAGGAUCGAAUUUAAUGGCUAGUAUAACUAGAUUUCUUUACUUUCUUGAUGGAAGUGAUUGGAAUGGAUCUGCCCAAAGAUGAAGAUACUUGGAAGGUCAACUUUGUGAACUAGUUAUCUUAAUAUAAAAACCACAGAAUUUCAUGUGAUAACAUAUAAUAUAUACUGUUUUUAAGUUUAGCUUAAGUGGCUUAAACCAUAAUCAAAGUAUUGCCUACUUUAAUGAGUUCCCUACCAACAUGAUUAGUCAACAGACCACUAUCAAUAAUAAAGCAAGUUAAAUAAGGAAUAGGGAAAAAGGAAGAACAAAGGAAAAGAGAAACAAAACGAAAGAAGAAGAGAAGAAAACUAAAGGUAAAAAUACCUAUCACAAAGCAUUCUCACUCCCUGGCUUAUUAUUCUCUUUGCUUUCCAUUUAACUACUCUAUCUCUGGCCCCCUCGUUCACCUUCACCUCGACGCAACACUCAGAUUUCUCCCUGUUCCAUUGCUUUUCACUUCUAUCUAAUCUCUCAGUAUAUUAGGGACAGUGCUCACUAUAAUUCCUCUCAUUUCUCUAAUUUGGUUUGAUUAGUCUGUCAAGAUUACUGUCCUUGAAAGUGUGAUGGUAAGUUUCUUUUUCUCAUCUUUUUUUCUUGAGUUCGAUAAAUGGUGCUUGUAAAUAGUUCAAGAACUUGGGCACCACAUAUGAGCACAAGGGAUUGUUCUCAAGGAUUCUGCAGUUUGUACUGCCCACUAUGGUGUUUGCCACCUCCACCUCCAUUUGACUUCCCAGAUGAUGAUGAUUCUGGUCCAAAUUUCUCUCCUCUAGUUAUCGGAAUCAUUGGAAUUCUUACCAGUGCUUUCCUUCUAGUUAGCUACUAUGUCAUAAUGUCGAAGUGCUGCGGACACAGGAUUGCUUUAGGUAGAAGGGAGAAUCAUCAUAAUGAUUCAGAACAAGAAGAGAAUGACCCUUCAAAUCACGAGGCAUGGAAUGUGAACACAACAGGUUUAGACGAAUCUCUGAUCAAGUCGAUUAUGGUGUUUAAGUACAAGAAAGGAAGUGGAUUAGCCGAGGGAACAGAUUGUUCUGUUUGCCUGAGUGAAUUUCAAGAUGAUGAAAGCCUUAGACUUUUACCAAAAUGCAGUCAUGCUUUUCAUGUUACGUGCAUCGAUACAUGGCUAAAAUCUCACACCAAUUGCCCUCUAUGUCGUGCUAAUAUAGUGUUUGUAAAUGCUUCACCACCUCCGCUACCUCCUCCAGUUAUCGAAGCUCCUCUGACGAAUGAAAGAACUUCUGGAAACCAACCUGAAAACGAUAUAGAAAUGGGGGUCAGAGAGGAAGAUGAAGAAGACGCUGUAGAUAGUAGAGCUCCUCCCAAAAGGCUAAUAACAGAAAAUAUGAAUCUACUAAUUAGAAGAUCAGUAUCAAUGGAUCAAGUAUCGCGAGAUGCUUUAUCUAUAGCUGAUAUACUAAAGAUUGAUCACGAUGAAGAUUGUGAAAUGGGAAAUUGCCCGUUUCAUGAGAGAGAUGUUGGAACAUCAAGACAACAAGUAGGGGAAGAAGAAGUAAGCACAUUACCACAUUGUUUACCAAGUCCUAUAGGGAUAAAGAGAUCUUUUUCCAGUGGAAGAUUCAUGUUUCAUAAGCGCGGAAGAGGACAAAACAUGAUCAUCCCGUUGUAAAAUUUCUUUGACUACAGAACCACGCAUGUCUAUCGGAGCAAAAUGUAUGAUCUUGUCGAGGGCUGCUCCCUUGAAGAAAAAAAAAUUAUGCCAAGAUUAGGAGGAUUUGUGCAUUCAUGCCAUUAGAUAAAGAGUUCAUAUCAUAUAAAGUAAAAAAAGUUUGAAUAGGUUUCUACUUUAAGUUGUUGAGAUUUUUGUGUGUUAGUCAGCUCAUCUUCUAAUUUUGUUCUUUCUUUUGCAUUUGUCCUCUCUACCUAUAAUGUGUUUCUUUGAUAUCAUUUUGUGCUUACCAAGUUAAAGAAAAAACAAGUUCAAG